AUGGAACAACUGAAAAGGAAACGCACACAAUUGAAAAAAUCUAUCACAAGAUUGUAUAAUUUUAUAUCUGGCCCUAAUGCCAAUUACAAUGAUAUUAAGGUACGUAUCGAUGAAUUUGAAAGUGUUUUUAUGAAAUAUAAGGACAUUCAAGAUGAAAUUGAUGGCUUAUGCGAAAAUGAAAUUGAAAUUCAGAGAGAGGAUUCAUAUCGUAAUGAAAUUGAGGAAACGUAUUUUAGUGCAAGAUCUAUAUAUUCGUCAUUUACUCAGGAAAAUUUGGAUAAUACAAUGAUUGAAGGAGCUGCUGCAAGUACUCCACAACUCAAUAAUGAUUUAACAGCAUUACUACAAACAAUGUCAACAACAUUGACAUCAGUCGUUAAUUUGCAGUCCUCUAAUAUGAAUGAUUCGAACCACAACAACAAUUCAGGUAUUCGUUUACCACAAAUUCAGAUUCCAGAUUUUGAUGGCAAUUUAUCAAACUGGAUUCGGUUUAGGGAUUUAUUCAACGCCAUGGUUGAUGCUAGGACAAAUUUAUCAGAAGUCGAGAAGCUGGAGUAUCUUCAAACGAAACUAAAAGGCGAAGCGUCGUCAAUAAUUAAACAUUUGACUCCUACGAACAGUAAUUAUAGAAUAGCUUGGGAUCUGGUUAAGAGGAAGUUCGACAGACCAGAUCAAAUAAGGGAAACGUAUAUUAGAUUACUAUUGACUCAGCCCUCGGUCAAGAAUGGCACUUUAUCGGAAAUUAAACAAUUUUACAACAACACUGUUGAAUGCUAUAAUGCCCUUACUAUUUUGUAUGAAUCUGUGGCUUCAUGGGAUCCAUUAUUAUUAUUUUUAAUAAGGGAAAAGUUAGACCGAGAGACGAUUACGCUGUGGUAUCGUCAGCAGAAUGAGGAUAAUAGGCAGUCAUUUCAAAAGUUGUUGGAUUUUUUGGAGAACCGUUUAAUAGAGUUGGAAAGUUUGGACAUACCUAAUCAGUCAUCGAAAUUUAGGAAGGCUAAUAAAUUUGUAACUAUGACUACCACAACUCAAUCAUGCCCUGUCUGCAAAAAGGAUCACUUCUUGUUUGCAUGUCAGCAGUUUAAGGAUCUGACUAUUGAGAAACGCAGGAACAUGGUUCUCAAAAGUGGUUUUUGUUUCAACUGUCUAAAGGAGAAGCAUCUUUCUAAGGACUGUAAGUCCAGUUCUUGCAGAACUUGUGGCUUAAAACACAAUACAUUAUUACAUGUUAAUACCAAUCAAUCAAGGGGCAUCGCCGAUCAGCCACAUGUCGAUCCUAAUGGCUCCUCUUCGAUUACAAUAAAUUCAAGUCAACAGACUACAACACAUCAAACUACGCUUUUGCCAACAGCAGUAAUAAUGGUACGUGACAAGAACAACAGCUUGCAGCCAUGCAGAGCUCUGAUGGAUUCUGGUGCACAGUCAACGCUUAUUUCGGAAGCAUGUGUUCAGCGACUUCAUUUGAAUAGGUCGUAUGAUAAAACUGCUCUAUGUGGAGUUGGUGGAAAUAACACAAGUUACACCAGAGGAAAGGUACAAUUGGAAAUUUUUGCUAAGGAUAUCGGCAGAACGAUCAUAGUUCAGACUUAUUGCUUGUCAAAUCUAACACAAUAUAUUCCAUCGCAAACAAUAGUUAACCAAGGGCUCGAAUAUUUUCAAAGUUUGAAACUUGCAGAUCCUGCCUACCAUAAACCAAAUCGCAUCGACAUCAUAUUGGGAGCUGAUGUGUUUCCCCAUUGCAUUUUGGAUGAAAAGGUAUCCCAUCCCUCAGGUUCCCCAACUGCACUUAGUACAAUAUUCGGUUGGGUGAUUAUGGGUAAUGUCAAUAAACAACCCGAAAUGUCAAUCCUAAUAGCUCAUGUACAUACUGGCCUGGAUGAACAACUACAACGUUUUUGGGAGAUAGAACAAUGUGAAGUUCAAUCAAAGCAUCUAACUCCUGAUGAGGAACAUGCUGAACAACAUUUCAUGGAAAAUGUUCAGAAACAAUCUGAUGGACGAUAUAUGGUGAAACUCCCAUUCAAGACAAAUGAUUUUCAACUUGGGGAAUCGAAGAAAUCGGCUAUGCAAAGACUUGAGUCAAUGGAACGACAGUUUUGCAGGAAUGUUGAUCUCAAAGCAGAGUUUCACGAAUUCAUGAACGAGUACAUACAGCUCAAUCACAUGCAAAUAUCACCUAAUGGAACGGAACAACAAGUUUACUAUAUGCCACACCAUGCUGUAUUAAAACCGUCAAGCACCACAACCAAAUUACGCGUUGUUUUUGAUGCAUCUUGCAAGAGUUCAAACAACACAUCGCUAAAUGAUCACCUUCUAGUUGGACCUACAGUUCAAAAUGAUUUGUAUUCAAUUCUUCUAAAGUUUCGGCGACAUAGGAUAGGUUUUACCGCUGAUAUCGAGAAGAUGUACAGGCAGGUGCUCAUACACCCGGAUGAUAGGUCGUAUCAAAGUAUUUUAUGGCGUGAUUCAACAAAGGAUCCUCCAACCACAUAUCAGCUCAAAACAGUUACGUAUGGGACUGCAUCGGCUCCAUUUUUGGCCACCCGUACACUAAUGCAAGUUGCUUUAGAUAAUUCACAGGAGUUCCCAAAAGAGUCCAGCGAAAUCAUCAACAAUUUUUAUGUAGACGAUUACAUGUCUUCCGCACCGAAUGUGGGAUCCGCUUGUUCGCGUCAUGCAACACUUUGCUCAAUAUUAUCGAAAUCAGGUUUUAAUCUUCGCAAAUGGUCAACAAAUUCAAGGGAAUUGUUGGAAAGUAUAGAGCCCCAAGAUCGAGCAUGCUCGUCUGAGAUGAUAAUAGAUCAGACGGAAACAGUAAAGACUCUAGGACUGCUAUGGAACACUUCAACGGAUUGUUUCCAAUACAGUGUAUGUUUUCAACAAGUCUCUGAAGUAAUCACAAAACGUCGCGUGCUAUCAGAUAUAUCAAGGAUUUACGAUCCGAUUGGUUGGCUAUCUCCGGUAUUGAUAAAAAUGAAGAUAUUUAUGCAGAAACUUUGGAUUAAAGGUGUUAAUUGGGAUCAAGACCUACCGAGUGAUUUAAAAGCCGAAUGGUUACAACUGCAGAAUAAUGUCGAGAACAUUCGAGAUCUACAAAUUCCCAGAUGGUUUAACUUCAACGUUGGAGAUGGUAUUGAACUUCAUGGUUUCGCAGAUUCAUCUGAACUAGCUUAUUCAGCUGCUAUCUAUGUACGUGUCAUUAAACCAGAUGGAUCGAUGAUAACCAGCCUAAUAACAUCAAAAACCAGAGUUACCCCGAUUCGACAGAUAACACUUCCACGUUUGGAGCUGUGUGCUGCUCAUCUCAUGGUAAAAGUAAUGGUUAAAGUGAAACAAGCUUUGGAAUUGCAGAAUGUACCUACAUAUGGUUGGACUGAUUCAACCGUCGUACUAGCUUGGUUAAGAGAUCAUCCCAGGCGGUGGAAAACCUUCAUUGCAAAUAGAACGUCUCAUAUUAUCAACGUUAUUCCCGCAAGUCAGUGGCGUCAUAUUACGUCAAAACAGAAUCCUGCAGAUUUGGCUACACGUGGCAUCUCUUCAGCUGAAUUAAAGGACAACAAUCUGUGGUGGCAAGGGCCACAUAUAUUACAAAGUAUAACAAUGGAAGCUACACCGACAACGUCAACGGAAAUUAUUCCAAAAGAUAUUGAUUUAGAGGAGCGCAAGGUGAUCGCAACGGCAACAUCAGUCAAACAAACAGAUUUGUUUGAACUAUUCUCAAGUUAUAAUGUGCUACUUCGUGUAACUGCUCUAAUUUUGCGCUUUGUUGGUAAUUGUAAAUGCAAAUCUCAACGGCAAACUGGUUUCAUCACUACCAUGGAACUUCAAAAUGCUCAUAGAAUGCUGGUAAGAAAAGCUCAACAUGAAUCAUAUACCGCGGAAAUUCGUACGUUAACACAUGGCAAUCAACUUCCUUCUGGAAAUAAGCUUACCAGCCUAUCUCCAUUUCUCGACAAUUUUGGAAUUUUGCGAGUAGGUGGUCGUCUUGAAAACGCUUCUAUCAGUUAUGAUCAGAAGCACCCAUAUAUUCUACAUAGGAACCAUAUUCUAACACAACUCAUCGUUCGACACUUUCACACAAAACAUUUACAUGCUGGAAAACGUCAGCUCCAGUACUCAUUAGGAUUGAAGUACUGGAUUCCAGAAGUGUUUCAAGUCAUAAAAAGAACAAUCUACCAAUGUACAACAUGUUUGCGGUUCCGACAAAGACCAUUUCAACAACGUAUGGGUGAUCUUCCUUCCUGUCGCUUGCAACCAGGCUCAACAUUUUUGUAUGUCGGCAUCGAUUUUGCCGGACCAAUGUUCAUACGAUCGUGGAAGGGUCGUGGUUCCAGGACAUAUAAAUGUUGGUUGGCAGUAUUUGUUUGCUUAAAUACAAAAGCAAUCCAUCUUGAACCUGUAACGGACCUUUCUACACCGACAUUUCUUGCUUCAUUCCGUCGUUUCACCUCUAGACGGGGGACACCACUUCACGUUUACACAGACAACGGAACCAAUUUCGUUGGCUGCAAUCGAGAAUUGAAGGAGUUAUACGAUUUUCUUAUCACGAAUUAUCCAUAUAUUCAAAAAGAAAUGUCCAACGAGCAGAUACAAUGGCAUUUCAUACCUCCGUCCGCACCUAAUUUUGGUGGCAUAUGGGAAGCAGGUGUCAAAUCCGUCAAAUUCCAUAUGAAACGUGUUUUGGGCAAUUCAUCUACAACAUACGAAGAACUAAGUACGCUGCUGUGUCAAAUUGAAUGCUGCUUAAAUUCUCGACCAUUAUGCCUGAAAUUUGAAGGAGACAUCGACCCUCUAACACCAGCACAUUUUUUGAUACUACGCUCAAUGAAGUCAAUUCCAGACGAAAAUUUAAUUGAUGUCAACGUUAGUCGUCUAAGCAGAUGGCAAUACAUACAAAGCUUAGUUCAACAAUUUUGGUCUAAGUGGUCUAACGAAUACCUUAGUCAACUACAACAACGGCCAAAGUGGCGCCGGAAAAUUCAAAAUCUACAAAUCGAUGAUAUCGUUCUCAUCAAAGAGGAAAAUCUUCCCCCUACACAAUGGCUUAUGGGAAGGAUCAUAUGUACUCAUCCCGGUAAGGACAACAUUGUCAGAGUGGUUUCAUUGAGGACAACAAAGGGUAUCCUCAAACGUCCAAUCUCAAAGAUAUGCCCGCUACUUAUGGAUUGUUGA